UCCUUAGCAACAUCACACAGAGCAUUGCAGUGUGUAGUUUAGCAACAACAAGCAGACACCUAGACUAAGCACAGCUCUGUUUAGAAGACUGGGAGGGGAUCGUUUCCUCAUUUUGAAAUGAGUAGCGAUACACCACAGACACCAGUCAACAUGGAUGUUAAUAUUAACCCGAAAGAUCAACAAUAUAUCAAUGCAAAAUCAUAUCUUCUCACAGCCAGCACAGACACAGGAAUCAAUUUGUUUGACCACUUAAGUUGUGUUCUGACCAAAAUUUUAGAUGAACGUCCCGGAAAUGUAGCUGAUGUAUUUGAAGAUGUCAGUAAAGACACAAAGAAAGCCAAAUUCACAUCAAAAGUGGACACUGUUCAAGACAAAAUAGACCAGUCAACAGAAGUAGCUUUAGCUCAUGUACAGAGGAAAUUGUUUGCUAAAGGAGAUGGAGAAGACCAGGAGCCAGAGCAGGACGAAGAAGUGGAAACUCCACUGCCCAAUCUUAUGGAGUUGUGCUUUUUCUUCGAACAAGCAGGAAUUGGUUUGAAUCGAGAGGAAGUGAUCAGAAUAUGGCUUGCUCUUAAAAAUCUUGUAGACAGUCACACAUUAGCCCAUGUAAGAUUCUGGGGCAAAAUCUUUGGUAGAGAGCAGAACUAUUAUGUUGCUGAAGUGGAAUACAGAGAGGGUGAUGAGGAGGAGGAAGAAGAGGAAGAGCCUGAAGAACAAAAUGAAGAAGAGACAGCAGAAAAAGAUGAUGAGGAGGGAGAGGAAGAGGAACAAGAGGAGGAUGACACACCAAAGCCAGACUUCAAACCUCCACAAGAUAUCCCUAAGGAAGAUAACAGAACAGGCACUAACAAAAAGACCUACUUUGUUUGCAAUGAUCCUGGAAAACCAUGGGUCAAGCUUCCCCCAGUCACCCCAGCGCAGAUUGCUUCUGGCAGGAAUAUCAAGAAAUUCUUCACUGGUCGCCUCGAUGCCCCUGUUGUCAGUUAUCCCCCCUUCCCUGGUAAUGAGUCUAACUACCUGAGGGGCCAGAUUGCACGAAUCAGCUCUGGAACCCAUGUUUCACCGCUUGGCUUUUACCAGUUUGAUGAGGAGGAGGAGGAGGAAGAGGAGGGAGAAGCUCGGGAUCACUUUGUGACCAACCUUGACUUUGAGGGUCUUCCCCUGCGUGACCUGACUGACUCGUCACUACAACACUGGGUACAUCACGUGCAGUACAUCCUGCCACAGGGUCGCUGUCAGUGGCACAACCCUGUCCAGAAGAAUGAGGAAGACUUUGAAGAUGAGGAGGAGGAAGAAGAAAGGGAGGAGCCUGAUGAGCCAGAGCCAGAACGAGGACAACCAUUGCUAACUCCUCUGUCUGAGGAUGCAGAGAUUGGAAACCUGCCACCAUGGACGGCUAAGCUAUCAUCCAACCUCAUCCCCCAGUAUGCUCUGGCUGUUCUCCACUCCAACCUCUGGCCCGGAGCUCAUGCCUUUGCCACAGGAAAGAAGUUUGAGAAUGUGUACCUUGGAUUUGGCCACAAGUACAACCAGGACAACUACAGUCCACAGCCGACACCUGGUAUCCAGGACGAGUUCCCCAGUGGCCCCGAAAUCACAGAGGCUGAGGACCCAACAAUCGAGGAAGAGAAUGCUCUUAAACAUGCACAACAAGAAGCUGCUGAGGCUGCUGAGGAGAUGGAGGAUGCCGAGGAAGAGGAAGAUGAGGAUGAUUAGAUGUCUUUGAGUGAAUAGACAUUUCAUCAAAUUAUCAUUGGACACAUCAACAUAACAAAAAAUUGAAUACUUGUUUCAUUCCUUUUAUAAGCUGUGAUAACCAAUCUAUAUUUUGAAUACAGAGAAUUUUGUUACCAACACAUCUGUGGAUAUUUAGGUUUGGAAAAAAAGUGAAAGAUUUGAAAAAGCUGCUGGUCCAACAUUGAAGGCCUUACCUAUGGAGGGUUAACUGUGCUGUAAAUAUAACUAUCCAUGGAGACUCUUUUGUCAUGUAUAGGUUGUGUAUACUAUUUAUAUCAGUUGCAAUUUUUGCCAUGUUCUCUCAAGGAUGUGUGGUGGGUGUUAACGCCCACAGGCAAUACUUCCUUUAAGUGCAUGCUAAUUUACAUAAUACUGUACAGAAGAAUAAAUAUUAUGAUAGAUUUAAUUAUU